AUGGUUGGCAUUUGGGCCCCAGGCUUCUGCAUGGCCCUGGCUGACGAGCCUCCUGAGAAGGCAGCGCUGCCCCGCAUGGGCCCUGGGGCCUCGGCAGGAGCUGCCACAGAGUGUCAGUGGCAAAGCUGCCAGUGGAGGCUUCUCCAGUGCCCUGCAGAGUGGGGGAACUGGGAUGAACUGGAGCCAGCGUCAAGGCCGUGGGAGGUACCAGCCAGCGCUGCUAGCUCGGGGACAGGGGGCUGUGGCAGCUGCGCCGCAGGGCAGCCUUGGGUCACGGUGAUCGCUGGGCGCAGCGCGCCCCGGCACCACAACGGGCCCACGGAGGAGGCUGUUGGCGACGCUGCAAGCUCCGGGGCCCGCCUGACGUAUCUCCGCGGGGGCUGCCCGCGCCAUUUGUCCCCGGCGGGCCGGGGAGAGACGCGGGGCGGGGCACGCGGGGUGGACUGGGCGGGAGCCGGGCGAACAGUUGUGGAGGCACCAUGGGAACUAGCGUGGAGCCUCAGCGGUGUGCCAGUGGCUUAUGAUAACAUCAGAGUAGUGGGUGAAUUAGGUGAUAUUUAUGAUGACCAAGGAUUCAUCCAUUUUAACAUUGAAGCAGAUUUUGUCAUUUUCACUCCCAAGAAAGGAAAAAAGCUUGUGGGUGUGAUCAAUAAAGUGGCCCCAAGUCAUAUUGGCUGUCUGAUACAUGGGUGUUUCAAUGCUUCCAUCCCUAAACCUGAUCGAAUGUCAGCUAUAGAGUGGCAAGACCUUGGGUUAAAAAUAGGAGAUAAACUGGAAUUUGAAAUGGUACAUUUAGAUUCCGAUGCUGCUGGAGUAUUCUUCAUUCGGGGGAGACUGAAUAAAGACAGUAUGCAAUCCAAAUAUCCUGAAUCAGUAACUGAAGAUACAAACAGUAUAGAUGAAAUACCAAAGAAAAAACCCAAGAAAAGAGACAGAAGGAAUUGUGAGUUAGAAAAUGACACAGAGCUUACAGACAAUGCAGAUACUACUGUGGUGGAAGAUGCAGAAGAGCAGAAUGCUGAUACAGUAAAUGGAUUUUAUGAUAAAAAGCCAAAGAAGAAGAAAAAACAUAAGCAAGAAAAGCCAAAACCUGUAUUUUAUGGAAGUGACUGUAGUGGUUACCCGAGUGACCAUAAAAAGGUUAAGAGAAAGAAAAGAGAACAUUGUGAUGUAGAUGAAGAGAGUGAAUUAUCUCGAUUGUCACAAGAACCUAAAGCCAAAAAGAGAAAGGAAUGA